AAUUCUUGAUGAUUAAAAAUCUCAAAUUGUGUGAUAAAAAUGUUUCAUUUUAUUUCGUUCUUUGUUUAGCAAAAAAUACAUAUAUUUUAAUUUAAUAUAAAAUUUUAAUUAAUUGGAUAUAAUGUCGGAAUUGUUAGAAAACAACAUUAAUAACAAUAAUAAUAGCAUUUCUUUCUAUGAAAGAGUAAAAGUUGUGUUUUUGGGCGAACAAAGUGUCGGCAAAACAUCGCUUAUAACUCGGUUUAUGUACGACUCGUAUGAGACCUCAUAUCAGGCGACUAUCGGUAUUGACUUCUUGUCAAAAGUGAUGUCAACUCCCGACCGGACGAUAAGACUUCAGUUGUGGGACACCGCAGGACAGGAACGCUUCAGGAGUUUGAUUCCCAGCUAUAUUAGGGACUCCGGGGUCGCCGUCAUUGUGUACGACAUCACCAAUUCGCGGACUUUUAAUCGCAUAGACAAUUGGGUGACAGAAGUGAGAGCCCAAAGGGGCGAAGCGGCGCUUAUAUUGAUUGUCGCCAAUAAGACUGAUCUGAAUGACAAACGACAGGUCAGUAUUAGUGAAGGCGAGACCAAAGCCCGUGAACUAAAUGUACUGUUUGUGGAGACGAGCGCUAAGACGGGAACCAAUGUCAAGAAGUUGUUCCGAAAAGUUGUCGACAAUUUGCCGAAACAACCAAACGAUGAAAGCCUUCGCAAAGAAUUUGAGGUCCGUCUCAAUGAAACCAAUGCUCUGAUUAUUAAUGCCGACAAACAGUGCUCUUAUUGUUAG